AUGGAGGCCCCUGGAUGGCUCACGCCGGGCGUGGGGAACCGCGCUGGGCGUGAUAUCAGACAGGGACUCACCUUUUUGGGGUUCUGGUAUGGCGCCGGGCGUGAUUACGUCUCGCCGGGCGUGGAGACUCCUAGGGUGUCUCUGCCAGGGGUGGCGCCGGGAGCAAUUGGUAUUGCGCCGGGCGAGACUCCAAUGAGAAAUUCACACGUUCCAUUCCUUUCCAUCAUAUUCAGCUACUGCUUCUGGAUACACCACAGUGUUUACUUCACUAGGGUAUCUGGCCAAAUUGUUGAGGAUCAACAACAAUCAUUGCUCAAACUAAAGAACAGCCUCAAAUUCGAGCAUGGAAAAUCUAGUAAACUUGUGUACUGGAAUUCAAGCAUAGCUUGCUGUGAGUGGAGGUGGAGGGGUGUAGCCUGUGAUGAGGAGGGACACGUUAUUGGCCUUGAUCUGAGUGGAGAAUCAAUCAAUGGAGGAUUUGACAAUUCAAGUAAUCUUUUCAGUCUGCAAAAUCUCCAGAUAUUGAAUUUGGCUGAUAAUAAAUUCAGUUCUGAGAUACCAUCUAGAUUCAACAAUUUGAAGAACUUAACAUAUCUGAAUUUAUCAAAUGCUGGCUUUAUGGGGCAAAUUCCAAUAGAGAUUUCUUCCCUGACAAGGUUGGUAACUCUAGAUAUCUCUUCUCUUGACUCCUAUUUAUAUGGGCAACCUCUGAAACUUGAAAACUUUGAUCUACAAGCAUAG